AUGACUGAAACAAGCAUGCCCUGCGAUGUUCCCUGGGGCUUUGACCCUAUGAAUCCAGACACCGGCUUCGGUGUUGCUGGUGACGAGGAGAUGUGGUAUAGGAACCCCUACGGCAUGAACAGCUUCGAUCUGCCCCCGUGGCAGCCAGUGGAUGCCAACCAGAUGGCGUACGAGUUUGCUUCCCCUGCGCCGGGAAAGACGCCUUUCCAGCAGUUGUCGCCUAUCCAGACAGGCGGGUUUCCCACCAGCCAGUCGGAUAAGGCCUUACCAAGAUUCGACAAUCUACCACCGGAUCACGGUACGCCGCCGUACUCACUCGACGACCUCCUUCGCACCGCCUCGCAACUGGCGACUGAACGCGCACUCUACAUGAACAUCCCUUCAAGCGCCAACCCUCACUCCCCAGCAGCAGCAGGAGUCUACCCUAACUCGUCGCCCGUUGCAGAGGCAGCUAUCAGUUCUCCCAGCGCAAGUCCGAGUCACCAUUCCAAUGCCAGCGACACAGACGAGCACGAUGUCCCGGCCAUCGAGUUCCCACAGGUCUACCAACUCCCAGACAGCAACGCUGGCACCAGCUCUGCGCCAUCGGGCUACUUUGCACCGAUGGAGCUCCCCCGCCAGCCUGCAUCCUACGAUCAUGUGGCCGCUGCCGCUACCACUACAGUCACGCCGCAGAGCAAAGCCCCCUCUUCCCCCUCUACUUCCAGUCUCACCCCGCUGGAAAUGCCCGACGGCUCGACCCGGUUUACCGCAAACUGGCUCCCCGUUGAUCCCCAGGGCGGCUUCACCAUCCGCUCUCCCGCACACCACUACCACCACCACCAGCACUACCCUAUGGACGUCGAACCCGAUUUCAUGGCCAUGGACUACCACGACAACUCGCACACUAGCUACAAUUACCACAAUGCGUUCAUCUCGCUUGACAACCUCGAUGCGGGCUCUGGAUGA